AUGAAUAUAACAACUGAUGAAAACAUUUCAGAUUUUGUUGUUAAAAUAAAAAGUAAUAAAUUUGAUGGAUCGACUGCUUCUCCUAAUACAAGCAUUAAUUCAGACAAUUUCGUCAAACAAGAAGAAGAAUGUCCUGAUACAACUCAGGACAGUAAAAAAUCAUCCGAUGAAAGUUUAUUUGCUGAGUUGGAAAGAUUUAAGAAAAAAGAAUCUUUAAAAUUACAAAAUAGCUCAGGUCAAUUUCUUGCUUAUCCGGAUUAUUUUGGAAAUACGAACACAUUGCUAUUUGCAAGAAAUUUGGCUACACCAGAGGGUUGCAAGAACUUAUUAAAAUACGGAACAUUCGCAACAUUUGAGGAGCUGAAAAAAGGUGUAGACCAAAUGGUUUUACAGAAGAACAGUCUUGAUAUAAAUAUAUAUAUUCUCUCAAGAAAGAUUAUUCCAAAACUGUAUGCAAAGAGCUGUAUUUCAAGUCUAGUGCAUAUAUCUAUGUGUGAAAAUGUAUUUUUAAAAUCACAAGCAAAAUCAUUUGCGGAAAUUCUAAUGCUUAAGGAAGAGUUCUUUAACAGUCCUUUUGAUGUACAAUCAUUGGGUACUUUGCUAACAAUGUUGCUGCAGACGAUUCUAAGAGAAAGAUAUGAGCAGUCCCAGGAAGCCAUCAAAAUAAGUAGGAUUCAAAAUCACAGUAUAGUAGUUGCAAUGCUUUUAAGUCGGAUGGCAAUGGCAUGCACAAACAGUGAUGCUGCUAAACUGUGCCAGUCUUUUUAUAAUGAAGCGAGUUCGAUCUUGACAUCGUAUCGACACUUUGAAAGCACAAGCCCGUAUCAAUCCAUGUUGGAAAUAUUUUUUAUGGUCCCGUUACAAGAUUUGCUGCAGACUCUAAAGGACUUCUCUUCGUGGAAUCUUACUACUAAACAGUUACCAAAGAAAAUGUCGGAGUUACUAAAAAAAAGUGAACCUCAUCAUUUUCUCGUUAUAAUGAGCUGUUUAAAUAAGAUUUUUAUAAACAAAGUUUCGGAAUGUCUGGAGUUAAAAUUUCUACAGUUUUAUGUGACGGCCUUGCAGAAAAGAUCUAAAAAAUAUUUUGAUGACAAUAGGCCUACAAGUUUGUGUAUUGAUUUAAUAUUUCGUGGACUUGGACACUUUUUAGGAUUUCUCGUUCGUGAACAUUCACACACAGAUAUCUCAGUUCUUUAUUUAGAAGUUGUAAACAUAAUAAAAAGUAUGUGUGAUCUCUACAGACUAGUUAAAAAUGAAGAGGAUUUUUCUUGCUUGAUGCCUUUGAUAUUUGAUCCAGCUCCACGCCUAAGGCAGAUUGUUACAGCUAAUUUUCUGUUCUUUGGCAAUAACAGCGAAAAAAUACUUGAACAAUAUGUUUAUCAGCUGAAUCACAUUUUGUAUCCAGUGCUGUAUAUUGCUGACAAAUUUAAACUAUUGGAGAAAAAUAUGGAAAAUGGUUGGAGAUCUAUCUCUGGUAAAUACUAUGGCUAUCCUGCAUUGAUCUAUAUAAAUAUCCUUGACAAAAUAGCGCAUGGAAAUUUUGACAAGUCAAAGCCUAUUGAUUCUGGCGCCCUGCUAAACAAGAAUCAAAUUGACAAGCUUAGGAAACUUGAUCACCCAAACAUCAUUACUUUGUUGGCUUGGCAAAUUGACGUACUUCCACAGUUUUUCAUUCUAGAGGACUGUAGAUUCAAUAACCUUGAGAAAACUACAUUACAAGAAUAUUUGGUAAACAAAAACAAGAACAGCAGCUAUUGUAGACCCUUUAUGCUCAUGUCAAUGUUACUUAAUGUGGGUGAAGCCUUGGCAUAUUGUCAUUCAACGGGCAUAAUUCAUAGAAACAUUACUGCUGCCAGUGUUUUAUUGCUAAAAUCAGAGAAAGUAAAGUUAGCUAGUUUCCAUUUAGCUCAUGCUAUUAAACAGGAAUCAGUAAUAACUACAGAAUUGAAGAGCUACCUGCCAGUGAGAUGGACUUCACCAGAAUCCCACAGAAGAUCCAAGUUUUCCAAAGCUUCUGAUGUUUGGAUGUUUGGGCAUCUGGCUUAUGAGAUUUUAACCCACGGAGCCCUGCCUUACUCUAACUUAAAGUUGGACGAUACAAAUUGUGUUUUGGAGAUCUGCAGCUUUAAUAUUCGAUUGCAUCACGAGCCUUGCUUUACUGACAAGCAAUACAAGUUCAUUUCUAAAUGCACGGCUUUUGAUCCGAAUGAUCGCCCAACAAUGUAUGAUGUGAUUGAAGAGAUAAAAAAGCUGAUUAUAGAAAUUAAACAGCAAUCACUUCAGCGUGCAUUUUGUUAUCCCAAUCUCCAAAAUGGCGAUAGACAACCAGCGACCAACUGCAAACAAGUUCGCCAAAAUAAUGUCCUUCCAUGUGUACGACCGCUACCACUAAAGUAUUCAAGGAAGAUGUCAGAAAAACUGUAUCUAUGUAGAGUGGGAAAAGCAUUUGUUGUGCGCCAGACUUGUUACCGGAAGUUUUCCAAGGAGUUUUUAGAGCAACAUAGAACUGGAGCAUUGGACAUGAUUAUCCCUUCACUAGUCAUUCGACAGAUAAAUCCACAACGGUAUAUGAUUGAUGUCAAUAUUGCAUACAAUCUAAAAGGGAAUUUGCUCGAGAUAUUAUUAAACAAAGAGUUUGGAGGUAGCAGUGAGGUUUGUAAUAAUUUUUUGCUGAAAGCAGCCGCAAUGCUUGAAAAGCUUCACGCAGAAAAUUUUGUACUUGGAGACAUCAGGGCAUCGCAGUUGUUUGUUGAGCUUAGCGAUGAUUCAGGAACAAAAAUUAGACCGGUGUCUUUGGCGUAUCUAAAUUACCUUGGAAAAAAUCAAUGUCAAAUUGUGACAAAAAUUCCAUCUAAAACAGUGUGCUACAGAAGAGCAGCGCCAGAAUGGAGAGAUCAGGGCAUACAAUCGAAGGCAAGCGAUAUAUACGGUUUCGCCCUUAUGGUUUUAGAUGCCUACUUCGCUAUCACUUCUGUACGUGGUGCAGAUAAAAUAGAGGUUUUUGAAAAGCAACGAGAUAUGGAAACACAUGCCGAUGUAUUGGAGAAUGAAAUAGAUACUGCAUUAGAAAAUGUUCCAGACGGUAUGCCUCGCAACUUGUUUGACUUGAUAAAACGGGCACUUGAUGUAAAUCCAAAACUAAGACCUACACUAUCAGACUUUAUGAGUUCUUUAGUUCACACUUCAAGCUAUGAAUAUUCUCCAUCGAUGUUAUCGACUUCAAAAAGCGACGAGGGAAAUUCGUCUGAAGACCAUACGGAAAAUAAUAUUUCACGAUUCGCAAUGCCAGAACAAUUCAGCAGAGUAAAUACCAUAGCUUCCACCACGCGAACAAUUUUUGAGGAAGAUGAUGAUAACUGGGCUUUAUUAAACUCAGUUAAUGUUGACCAAACGGACCCAAAUUCUGUUACUGGUGCGUACAAUACCAUUGGAAGUAGUUCUGUGAUUGGAAGUGGUGAUUAUAAUCUCCCAUAUGAUGAAAUGGUUGCGGCGCAGAGAGGUAAUCCAUUUGUAAAUGCAACGUGGCAUUCACAUUUUGAACCCAUUAAUGUCAGACCUAAUUAUGAAGAGAGUGUAGCUUCAAGUAUGUUUCCUGAUGUUGAGUGA